AUGAAACCAAUUGUUCUUUACGGUCACCAUGCAGGCCCCAAUCCAAGAAAAGUUGCCAUGGUCCUUGAAGAACUCGGAGUGCCCUACAUCCACAAAUUAAUGGAUUUCACGGAGCUCAAGAAGCCCGCCUACGAAGCGAUCAACCCAAACGGACGAGUGCCAGCGAUUCAAGACCCGAAUACAGAGAUCACGUUGUGGGAAUCCGGAGCAAUCAUUGAGUACCUGGUCGGGACCUACGACAAAGAACGAAUCAUCAGCUUUACACCAGGCAGUUCGGAUUAUUAUCACGCCAAACAGUGGCUUUAUUUCCAAGUUUCUGGCCAGGGACCGUACUUUGGACAGGCGGUCUGGUUCAAAGUCCAUCACCAGGAGCGAGUUAUAAGUGCGCUCGAUCGUUAUAUGCGCGAAAUUCGGCGCGUCUUGGCCGUACUGAACCGGUCACUGGACGGUCGAGAAUAUCUGGUCAAUGGGACAUUUAGCUACGUUGAUAUUUCCUUUGUCACAUGGCUUGAGAUUAUUCCUUGGGUGUCGGACGGUUCAAUCAGCCUUGAAAUCGAUUAUCCUGCUGUGUUUGCCUGGUUAAACAGAGUAUCGGGUCACGAUGGCGUGAAAAAGGUUCUGAAUAUGGAAGUCAAGCUCCCCCAAAGGAAGUGA